UAGUAUUUUCCGGUUGAUAAGAAAACACCAAAGAACAAGAAAUAUUAGGAAUAAUAUAUUUUAAACAGGAUUUCAUACAUUUAAUUAUUUUAAUUUUUCAAAACAGUUAUUUAUAAGGUAAUUUAUAAAUAUGGCAUCUACGUCAAGAGAUUCUCAAGAAGUUAUAGCAAAAAAAACAUGGGAAUUAGAAAACAAUGUGCAGACUAUUAAUACAGUUGAUGAUAUUUUUAAAUAUGACAGACAACAGCAACAAGAUAUCCUGACUGCCAAACCUUGGGAGAAAGAUCCACAUUAUUUUAAAGAGAUUAAAAUAUCUGCGUUAGCUUUAUUAAAAAUGGUAAUGCAUGCUCGAUCUGGUGGUAUUUUAGAAAUAAUGGGUUUAUUACUUGGAAAAGUUGAAGGUAAUACCAUGAUUGUCAUGGAUUCUUUUGCCUUACCUGUUGAAGGAACGGAAACUAGAGUCAAUGCUCAAGCCCAGGCCUAUGAAUAUAUGACAGCAUACAUUGAAUCAGCCAAAGUUGUUGGACGUCAAGAAAAUGCCAUUGGUUGGUAUCACAGUCACCCUGGCUAUGGAUGCUGGUUAUCUGGUAUUGAUGUUUCAACACAAAUGUUGAAUCAAAAUUUUCAAGAACCGUUUGUGGCAAUUGUAAUUGAUCCAGUUAGAACAAUUUCUGCUGGUAAAGUGUGUUUGGGCGCAUUCAGAACUUAUCCAAAGGGAUAUAAGCCAGCAAAUGAAGAACCAUCUGAAUAUCAAACUAUUCCAUUAAAUAAAAUUGAAGACUUUGGGGUGCAUUGCAAACAAUACUACUCAUUAGAAGUAAACUAUUUUAAAUCUUCAUUGGAUCGACGUUUAUUGGAUUCUUUAUGGAAUAAAUAUUGGGUGAAUACAUUGAGUUCAUCCAGUUUAAUGACCAAUGCUGAUUAUUUAACUGGCCAAAUUAAUGAUCUUUCUGAUAAACUGGAACAAGCUGACACUUCUCUUAGUCGUACCUUUUUUGAACCUGUAGACCGAACCAAAGCAGAGAACAAAUUAGUUAAAGCUACGAAAGACAGCAAUAAAGCUACAAUUGAAAUAUUAUGUGGAUUAAUGUCACAGACAGUAAAAGAAGCUCUAUUUAAUAGUUGUACACCCAAGAAUAACCAACAAUAAAAAUAUAAUCUCUUGGAAACCGAAAAAGACGAAAAUCUCUACGUGAAUUGGAACAGUUUACCGCUGUACAACCACCCAUCUUUGGUAGUAUAUUAAAGUUAUAUUCACGUGAAAUUUAAAAACUAUAUAUAUCAAAGUUUAUUAAUUUAAGGAUGUAAAUCAUAUCGAUUUUUAGUUUUACUUAAAACAAAAACGUAUCUGUAAUACCUGUAUUCUUAACUAUUCUUUAUGUUUUGAUAGUAAUAACUGGUAAUCAUUUGUCGCGAAAUGGCGGACGAUUGGUAUAAUAUAACUAAGGCACUAUAGAAGUAGGUAUUACUUCUAUAGUGCCCUAGUUAAAUCAAGAAUUAUUCGAUUGUUUUUUUUUUUUUUUUUUAUUACUAAUCAUUCGAUUAUUCCCAUCACUAGAAAUAAUCGUUUAAUUAAUAUUAUUUUCAAAAUAUCCAUUGAACUAUUGAACCUGAUGAUCACUACCGAAGAGUUUUGACAAUCGAUAGUUUUAAAAAACAUUCGAAUCAAUCGAAACUAUUGAGUAUUAUUUUAUAGUAUUUUAUUGCAUGAAUAUUGAAUAGAUAGUUGGUGAAAAACAGAUUAAGCCAUUCAAUAAUUUUCAAGCACCUAGAUGCUAAAUAAAACAAUGAAAUUAAGGGGAAGCCCUUAUCUGCACUUAAUAUGGAACCUGUGCCUAGUGGUCCUUAAGAAAAAAAUUUGCCCCCGGGACACUGAAAUAUUUGACACGGCUCUGGAUCUGCCAGAAGUAAAAUUCAAGCCAGUUGAAUAUUGUUUCAGGCAAUGGUGACCGCAUACUGGUAAAGAGAAACUGCUUUAUCAGUGUCUAUAUUUUCCAUAAAAUAUAAAUAUUUUAUUUUUCAUAAGUCACAAUAAAGCGCAUAGGCACUUUAAAGCAGUUUCUCUUUACCAGUUCGCGGUCACCAUUGCCUGAAACAAUAUUCAACUGGCUUGAAUUUUACCUCUGGCAGAUCCAGAACCGUGUCAAAUAUUUCAGCGUCCUGGGGAAAAAUUUUUUAUUUGCGCAAAUUUAUUUAAAAUUUAUUUUAUUAAGUGCAGUAAAAAAAAAAGUUUUUGUCUUUAAUCAUGACCAAUAUUGCUUUAUUGAAAUAGAAUAUGCGCUAUUUUGAUUAGUCGUAAUCAAGCUGUCUGCCGAUAGUUAAAAAUUCGUUGUUCGUUUGUUAAGUUUCUACGCGAAAAAGGUCUCAUUAGGCAUGGUAAUAAAGGAUAUGUUUCAUCUCCAUCAAAAACAAAAGUAUUCUUCAUCGAUCUCGCUAUGAAUUUUUCUUCGUGGUGGCAAAUUUAAUUCAUUGUGUAGUAACAUUUUACCAAAAUUAGAUUCUUUAAAUAUUCCACUAUUAUUGGAUCGGCCGUAAUCCCCAACUUCGAUUGUUAUACAUUUUGCAUAAGCAUAAACCACAGCUUAAAGAACAAUUAAGUGAAACCCUUUUAUUAUUAAAAUAUUCCGAAUCAGCACAUAGUGGGCAUUGAAUUAUAAUAUGCUUUCCAUCAAUAAUAAUAAUAGCAAUUAUUGCUCCUGUGCAAUUAGGAAAAUUCCAAACUUUAUUAAAGUCUUUUGAAAUUUUAAUCCAGCCUUUUUCUUUAGGCGUUGGCAAAUAAAUGGCUAAUAAUAAUUUCCAUAUAACAAUACAUACUUCAUUAACUAUCAAUCUUAUUGUAGUAGCAUCUAAGCGACGUUGAAAUCUUUUGAAAUGAAGAUAUUGAAAUCUCUCUCCCUUUGCCAAAUAACUAAAAAUAUUAUAAAACAUCUUGUAAUUUAUUAUUCUGUACCUUGUGUAAAUAUUAUCACUUUUUUAUAUUGUUAUCACAUUACUCACUAUAGGUAUGUUUUCUCCAAACUUUGCAAAAAGCCGAUAGGCAUCUUUAUUUUAAAUAAAUAAAUAAAAAAAAUUUUUUGUUCAAAAUUCCGAAUUUACCAAUAUUAUCUAAUUAUUUAUAUUUUUUUAUCAAUGAAUACUUGUUCUGAUUAUAGAGGAAGUGAGGAGUGGAUCACUAUAUCGUGUUAAAUUUCAAUGCAAUGAUGGUUACCUAUCAAGUUUUAACUACGAUCACUAUCAAAAAAAUUCUAACGGAAAACAGUUAGUACAAUUUAAGAGCAUUUGAAAUUUAAAUUUUUAUGAAAUCGGAAAUUCACGAGAUAAAUAUCGAUUUUUGAUUUUUGUGUUUAUUUUAAAAGUAAUCAUCGUAAGAACUUAAAACUUGUACUAGAUAUUUAAAUUAGCAUUUUCUUAACAUAAAAUAAUUUUCAAAGUAUUUCACUAAUUGUUAAGCUGCCUAUUUAAAGGAAUUUAAAAUAUUAAAUUUUAAUAAAAAAAUUUCGCUCGAACGAAAUGUUUAAAAAUCAUAUAUAAGAAUCCAUAUAGUUUAAUCUUUCAGUAGUUUUAAAAUUAAAAAAAUACACAGGCACAUUUUUUUUAUAAGUGUUUAAAGUUCAAAUUCUUAUGAAAUCCAUCAAAAUAAUGAAAAUAUACAAACUAUUUUGUAGUGAUAAAAGUAGAAAAUUUUGAAAAUUGAAUACAAGGUUUCUCAUAAGUUGUUAGUAAAUAGUAGUGAAAGAAAAAAUGUAAUAAAAAAAAAAAUUCUAUGCUGACAGAUCAUCAAGGGUGUUUUUGAAGGGGGGGGGUGGCGUGAAGGAGGCAUUAGCCUCCCCCCAUGGCUUGUAUUAUUUUUUAAUAUAAUAUAUUGAUUUAUUUAAAAAAUGUAAU